AUCCAUCGUACCCUCGUACAAAGCUUCCUUGAACAUUGCAUAAGAACGCGCCGUUUCGGUCCUUGAUGCCGGGAAUCACUCGAUCAUGCCAGAAACUUUAGAAUCUUCUUCUCAGGAAGAUCGCCUGGCAGAGCUUAAACGCCUAGCUUCUGCAAAGGAAGCGAUCAAAGACUAUAACUCCGCUGCCGACUUGUAUUCUCGAGCGGUUGAAAUACAAGCUGAAUUAAAUGGCGAAAUGGCUAUCGACAAUGCAGAUUUGCUUUACUCAUAUGGAAGAUGCCUCUAUCACGUUGCAGUGAGCAAAAGCGACGUAUUUGGCUCUAAGGCCGCUGUUCAAAAUGUGGUUGAAUCAUCGAAACCCCGGGGAAAGGAAUCGUCUAAUCAACCUCAAUUCUUUAUGCCUCAAAGUGACAAAAAUGACACUUCCACGGAAGAUAAAGCAGCUGCAGAGCGAGAUGUGAAAACAAACAGUGACACCGGUACCAAUAAAACUUAUUUUCAGUUUAACGGGGAUGAAAAUUUCGAUGACGACGACGAAGACGAGGAGGACGCCGGGGAUACGGGGCGCGAAGCGCUCGUCGAAGACGAUGAUUUCGAAAACGCAUUCGAAACUCUUGACAUGGCACGUGUGUUAUUAUCGCGGCAAUUGGACAGUAUAUUGCUGUCGUUUUCUGGCGAGAAAGGUGUUCCCGAGUCUACCGAAAUUAGAAGGCUGAAGGAGCGACUUUCCGAUAUUUACGAUUUACAAGCAGAAAUUUCCCUAGAGGGUGAAAGAUUCUCAGAGGCGGUGUCCGACCUGCGGGCUGCAUUGAAACUUAAACGUGAACUUUUUCCGCCAGGGGACUCUACAGUUGCUGAAUGUCAUUACAAAUUAUCUUUAGCCUUGGAAUUUUCUUCCGUCACCCAAACGAGUGGCGAAGAUAGCCAUGUGACAUCGCAAGUCGAUUUGCAAAUGAGAGCAGAAGCAGCAAAACAUAUGGAAGCGGCAAUCCAGUGCUGUAAGUUCAGAAUAUCUUCAGAAGAAGAGAAGUUGGCGGGUAUGGGGUCCGGCAAUAUCCAGGAACUGGCCAAGCUUAGUCGCAACAUAGAGGAUGUAAAGGAGAUUGUGGCCGAUAUGCAGCAAAGGCUUACUGAUCUACUUCAUCCACCAAAUUCAAUUACGGACUCUUUUCAGGUUCCGGAUCGUGUAUUGGAAAAUAGCAUACUUAAUCAAGUUCAGUCACCGGCGGGGAAAGUGUUACUGGAAGAAGCUAUCAAAGGCGCAAAUGAUUUGAACGCGUUUGUUCGGAAGAGAAAGCGAAAUCCCUCCACAGCGGAGACGCGAGAGUCGCUCGAAGAACCAGCCCCUUACAAAGAAAUGAAGCGACCUUCAACAUGA